CGUCCCAGCGGGCGGCGGAAGCAGCACCGACCGCCCCCGGCCCGGCCAUGUCGGAGCCCGGCGCCCCCGCGGCCGGUGAUAAAGCGCCCCGGCUCCAGGACCGUGUCCUUCGUGGGCUGCGCUGGGGCCGCCUCCAGGAGCCCCUGGGCUUCAUCAAGGUGCUGGAAUGGCUCUUUGCCAUCUUCGCCUUCGGCUCCUGCGGCUCCUUCAGCGGUGAGACCGGAGCCACAGUGAAAUGUGACAGCGGAGGGAUGACAGCCAUCAGCAUCCAGUUCGGGUACCCCUUCAGGUUAUACCAGAUUCCCUUUGGGAUGCCGAAUUGUGAGGAUGAAUCAGAAGCCCGCACCCUGUACCUCGUUGGUGAUUUCUCCGCUCCCGCUGAGUUUUUUGUGACCCUGGGGGUCUUCUCCUUCCUCUACUCCAUGGCGGCUCUGGUGCUCUACCUCCGCUUCCAUUCCCUGUACACCGAAAACACGAAGCUGCCCUUCACAGAUUUCUGCGUCACCGUCUGCUUUGCCUUCUUCUGGCUGGUGGCAGCGGCGGCGUGGGGCAAGGGGCUGAGCGACGUGAAGGCGGCCACACGCCCCUCCACCCUCAUCGCUGCCAUGGGGGUCUGCCAGGGCGAUGGGGUGGUCUGCAACGCCGGCACCACGCCAGCCAUGGGGCUGGCCAACAUCUCAGUGCUCUUCGGGUUCCUCAACUUCCUGCUGUGGGCCGGGAACUGCUGGUUCGUGCUGCGGGAGACGCCGUGGCUGCAGCCGCCCGCGCCCCGCGACAGCGCGGCCGAGCAAGGCGCCAUCGACAAGCAGUAACCCCCGGGGGCCGAGCCAGCCCGGGGACCCCCCCCCGGCCCCCGGGACCUCGCGCCGGCCGCCAGCCCGGGGACGGGGUGUCGCUGUCCCCGGGGUUGGAGCCGCCGGGGGUCCGGAUGCUGAAAGGGGACACGGAACGCCGGGGGUCCCGCUUGAUGUCGGGGGCUCUGCGUGUCACCCCGAGGGGUCCAUGUCUGUAUGGGGCGCAUAAAGUCCUGGGUACCAGCUCUG